AUGGAUGGUUUCCCCUGUGUUAUUGGUUUAUUAGCUGAUCGAACUCAUCGUACAUACGUCGAAUUAUUUCGGGAGCUGAAAGAUCAUGCCACUAAUCUCAAAAUGAACUUCAACCCGUCGCGAAUAACGAGUGAUUUUGAGAAGGCUCUGAUAAAAGCUGUGGCAUCUGAAUUCCCUCAAGCACAUCACAGUGGAUGUUACUUCCAUUUUACUCAAGCGAUCUAUCGCAAUAUUCAAACACUCGGUCUCACAACGGCAUAUAGAGAUGAUGAAGAUUCAAGAAGUGCAUGUCGAAAACUGAUGUCAUUGGCUUUAAUUCCAUUAGGCGACGUCAAAAUUGCUUUUGAAGAGUUACAAGACGAUUCUCCCCUUACACUACGUCCUCUAUUCAAUUAUUUCUCACGUUUCUGGUUAAAUGAAGCGCCCAUUCAUCUAUGGAAUGUUUGCGGGACGAGUCGACGAACUAAUAAUGCUUCAGAAGGUAUAUCUUUAGUUCCAUCUGGUUUGAACCUAAUGGUUGUUUAUGUAGGCUGGCAUAAUCGAUUCAAUGUGCGCGUGAACAAACACCACCCGAAUAUUUGGCAUUUCAUUAAUUCUUUGAAAGAUGAGGAGACCCAUUUAUCACAUAAAUAUAAAAGUUUAGCGUUAGUUGGCGAAAAAAAAAAAAGCGUUUAG